AUGGCUUCUAAAGAUACUCUAUCUGGUCCUUCAGGUAAAGAGCUACCUUACUCCAUGGCACCACUGAAUCUAUCCAAGAAUGAGAUGAGGCUAGUAGAACUUCGACGCAAUGACGAAUCCGCUAUACCGACAUGCAUCUUGCGAUCGUACCCAAUUGACGGACCUUUUCCACCAUACGUUGCGCUUUCAUACGCCUGGGGUGAGAAAUUGAACUACAGAGGUAUCGACCUCAACGGGGUUUUAUUUCCCUUGGGCCGAAACGUUUGGACAUUCCUUCAAGAUAUGAGAGAGAGUGGGAGAUACGGUACAUACUGGAUCGACGCCAUUUCGAUUGACCAAAAUAACUAUACGGCUAUGGCCAUUCUGGAAGCUGGAGGCCGUAGUCAAGAGACUUUUCGGACUUCCAAAGUAGACAAAGCAAUGCUUGCUCUAUGUGGAAGACAGUAUUGGACACGAACUUGGAUCGUCCAAGAGAUACUGCUCGCGAAGGAGAUUUUCGUAUACUGCGGCGUAGCAAAAGUGCACUGGACCACGUUCGCAGACUUCUUUGACAUUGAUAAUGUCAUGGUAUCGAACACAUGGGGAGAAUCAUCCCGCAUCUCUCCUGUCAUCGAAUCAGCAGCUGCAGAUAUUGUCAGAGCAAAGAUCGACCGGAACACAAAGGGUUCUCAGCCUCGACCACUAAUGGACUUGAUCAAGUUAUGCCACAAGCAGCAGUCAACAGAUAUUCGGGACAAAAUCUACGCGCUCCACGGUCUCGCCAGUGACACGGAAGACAUGGUCAUCGACUAUGAUGUGCCUGUAGAACAACUCCUUGUCAUCGUUCUGAAGCGUACCCUGGCAUCAAUUCCACCGACCAAUAAUCUCGACAUCGAAAAUGCGAGAAUAGAGAUUCUGCAGACUGAAGAAACACUUCGCGAUGCCCUAGGGAUCUACCAUUAUAUUGAAGAGGUCGACAACAUCAUAUACGCUGAGGAACGACGUAUCACAAGCAAAUGCAAAACGAAGGCAAUUAAAGCUAUACAAGCUGAUGCGCAAGGUUCCCCACACUACUUAUCCUGGAGACACCAGAUACUCGAGGGAGCCCUUUCGAAUAGAUUCUUGGGACCAUCUCCCAGAUCCGUUAAAGAAGGACUUGAUCUAUUCCACAGUCCCACUAAGUCUGUGGAAGCGUGGCAUGGGGCUCGUAAAACUACAGCGCAACGACGAUACAGACAUCUUGACAUGUAA